GUUUUUCUCUCGUUUUAUUCUUCAGAAGUUCUUUUUCAACUUCCGGAGAAGUGUUUUUAUUGUGUGCGUGUUUUCUCGUUUCCAAUGGGUCCUAAAAAACCUGCACCUGCGCCGGCAGCUGCUGCGAAACCGGACAAGAAGGCUGGAGGAGACACGAAGAAAGAGCCGAAAGAAGUGAAGAGCAAGAAGGAAGACGCGACGAAGAAGAAGAAAGAUGCUCCGAAAGUUCCCAAGGCUGCAGGUGCUGCGAAACAACCCGCAGCAAAAGCAUCCAAGGAGGGCAAGGGCAAAAAGGUGGCCAAGGCCGUGCAAAAGGCCAAGCGUGUGCAGAUGAAAGUCAUCAAGGGUCCCAAUGGCACGCGAACCCGUAAGGUGCGAACCAAGUCCCGGUUCUACCGCCCGAAAACCCUUUCCCUGCGGCGGCAACCCAAGUACCCGAAAAGGUCGCACCCGCAACGCAAUCGGUUGGACGCGUGGAACAUCAUCAAACACCCGCUGACGACGGAGUCGGCCAUGAAGAAGAUUGAGGACAACAACACUCUCGUGUUCAUCACGCAUCUCCGGGCCAACAAGCACCACAUUCGUCUGGCCGUGAAGAAACUCUACGAGAUCGAAGUGGCCAAAGUGAACACGCUCAUCAGGCCUGACGGCAAGAAGAAGGCAUAUGUUCGCCUCGCAGCGCAUUACGAUGCCCUGGACAUCGCCAACAAGAUCGGCAUCAUAUGAUUUCUUUGUUGUUUGGCAACAAGUUACUAAAGAUCGCCUGACGGUUAAAUUUA